AUGCUGACCUUCACCUCCCCAGCGAUCGCGUUGGCCGCGAUAUUCCUCAACUCAGGAAGCACAGUAGGUCCUUCAGAAGCCCAUCCCGUGCCCACCUGGGGAGCUCUCACCCCCUACCACGAAGCAUCUUCCUUUGGCGCUUCUCGCGGGGUACCACAAGGGUGCAGAUUAUCUCAAGCCCAUGUCCUCCAUCGACACACUGAGCGGUAUCCCACUUCUUAUUUUCUCGAGGGUGGCCAAGUUGAGGUUCUGGCGAGCAAAGUCGCGAGUUACAAGAGCGAACAUCCAAACACGGGUUUCGCAACAGGUCCACUGUCCUUUCUAAAUGACUGGGAUUAUGUCUUUGUUGGUGGUGGAACAAACACGCUCCUUUCCUCCGGCACUGCAACGGCUCAGGCUGCGGGUGCCGAGUUUUGGAGCCGGUAUGGACGGCUGCUUUACAAUGCGGGCUCGGACAAUCUGUUUUGGCAGGAGUCGUUGAAUGUCUUUCCCAAUGGUACUGCGCGGCCAAAGCCUGUUUUUCGGACUACUUCUGAGAAGAGAAUUCUUGAGAGCGCGAGAUGGUGGCUGAACGGAUUCUUCGCCGAUGGUGAUGCUACUAGCGCCCAUGAUCACUACAACCUGUUAGUUAUUCCAGAAGGUCCGGGCCUGAACAAUACUCUUGCGCCAUACGAUGUAUGCUCGGGUGACAUGACAGAAGGCGAGAAAGCUCUGACCGAGGAUUUCAUCCCUCUGUUCACAGCCAGCGCUCUUACUCGCCUCUCCAGCCUCCUGCCUUCGGAAUUCAACCUCACAGCCCUAGACAUAUACGCUAUGAUGAACCUCUGCCCUUUUGAAACCACAGCCCUGGGCGCCUCAUCUUUCUGCGCCCUCUUCACCGAGCAAGAGUGGAAAGACUACGACUACGCAUCCGAUCUCCACUUCUACGGCGAUUACAGCUUUGGAUCACCUUCCGGACGCGCCCAGGGCAUUGGAUACGUCGUGGAGCUCUCUGCCCGCAUUUCCGGUGAACUGCUUCACCGCGGCGAUGUGGGGAUUAACUACACCUACGACAAUAAUGAGGCGACAUUCCCGAUCCACCAGCCGGUGUACAUGGACAUGGCGCAUGAUGAUACGAUUAUCUCGGUUCUGACAGCGCUCGGAUUAGAGCAGUUCAAAGAGGGUCCGGAUGGUCUUUUCGGCGCAGUUGAACAUGCGCCAGAACAUACCUUCCGGGUGCGAGAUGUGACUCCCUUCGGUGCUCGGUUAAUCGCAGAGAUUUGGAGCUGUGGCAAUGCGACUGACUUUACAAAUCUCGAGCCUGUUCUUUACCAUAACCUGCCAGAUGAGGAUGAUGGUGCAAAGGACCACAUCCGGUUCGUAUUAAACGGGGGGCCGAUAGCGCUUGACGGGCUGAGUGGCUGCGAAGAAGCUGUCAAUGGGUUCUGUGAGCUUAAGGGCUUCCUAGGGGGUAUUGCGGAGUUGAAAAAGCAAGCUCAGUACGACUAUGCGUGCAGUGGAGACUAUAAAGUGGAGGGGCAAGUUGAAAAUGGUGUUCCGUCUUAA